AUGAAGAAUGCAAAAACCAAUUUGCCGACGAGACAUUUUGCUUUUUGUUUCAAUUCUCGUUUAAAGAGUUUUUACAGAUCUAACGUUUUCACAGUAAACAAUGCCGAAAAUCGUUUCUUCAUCGGUUGUUUCCUCAUCCGAUCAUGCUCUACUGAAUGACCAAUCUACUUCGCUUCAUGUGUAUUAUUGCUUAUGUUCAGAAUUUCUGCUUGCCAUUGACGCUGAUCUUCGGAAACUACCAAAAAGAAAGACAGACAAUGCGGUCAUCGUAUCCAAUACAAGACGAACCUAUAAAUUGACAGCACAAGCAGGUGAAUGUGUUUUAUUACAAAGACGUGAAGGUUAUGAAAAACAAUUUCGAUACCAUUGUCCACGAUGUAAUCUAGUUAUCGCUUAUGAAAUGAAUGAUGUGAGAAAGUCAGGGCCGUACACAUAUAUUCUGGAUGGUGCAUUGACUGAUAUACAAGGCAGAGCACCUCCAAAUGCCAUCAUGGACAUUCCAACACCAAGCACGAAUAAAACAGCAGCAGCUUGAAGUUAAAGAGUCACCUUUAUUAUUUCAGUCAAUCGUGAAUUACUUAUAAUUAUCCUAAAUGAUAAUUUGCUUAUUAUGUAAUGAUAUCCUUGGAACGAAUAAAAAAAAAUCCGUUUUCGUUUAAUUACCAUCAAAAGACAAAAACUUUAUUUUCUAUUUUUUUUCUCUUCCUUUUCCC